AUGAGUGAGGCGGGCCUCCGGCCCCCUCUGCUCCUCCUCCUGCUGCUGGUGGCUGCCGCUGCCUCCCUCGCUAGGCGGCACGGCAACGCCUGCCCGGCCCCAUGCCAGUGCCACCGGGGGCUGCUCAACUGCAGCAGGGCCGCCCUGCCCGCCGGGCUCCACCAGCUACUACCGCCUGGGCCUGCCGCCCGCAACCAGACCUUCUUCUUCCUAGUUCUCAAGGACAAUGACUUAAGCAAACUGCAGAAAGAUUCACUCGAGGGCUUGCUGUCGCUAAAGCACCUGGAUUUAUCCUGCAACAAAAUCCUGUUUAUUGAGAAACAUGCAUUUGAGCCUCUACCUUUUUUGCAGUAUAUAAACCUUGGCGGUAAUCUCAUUACAGAGCUUCGUUACGGGACAUUCCAGGCCUGGCAUGGGAUGCAGUUUUUGCAGAAAUUGGUCCUAAGCCAUAAUCCGUUGUCAAUCAUUGCUGACACAUCAUUUUUUGAAUUGCCCUCACUGAAGUAUCUUAUACUGCCCAACAACAUGGCUUGCUGCCUCUGCCAGAUGAAAGAGAAUAUUGAAAUUCUGUGUAAGACAAUCAAGUUACACUGUGAACAUUUGUGUGCCACCAACUCCUCCCUGUGCGGUAGGUUUGCAGUUAACAUAUAUCAUUUUGAACAUAGACACCUUAAAUCUGACCAUUACUCCAUUAGCUUUCACGGAGAACCUUUAGAAAAGAUGCAAGAGGAAUUAAUGAAAGUGUUACAGUCCAGGAAACUGAAUGCCAGCAUCGUGUUAAAUCUUGAGCCUGAGGAACCUUUACUCACCAACAGUGAGAAUGAAAUCACGAUGUUUGCAGAUAGCCAGUAUCAACCUAAGUUUGAUAUGGAUCUUAAUAAGUCCGGAGAUCUUCUUCCUGGAGUAAAUUACCUUUUCUUUAAACACCUGACCAAGAAGGGAGAAAUAAACAAUGUAGGACUGACAGUCUUGCCAUUUUUUAAACUGUUUAAUUUUAAUUUACACAAAGGAAAAGUUACCCCAGGCCUUUUCAAACUUCCUGCCGCUCAAUCCAAUAUGCUGGCAUUGACUGACUUUCAGCACGUGGACUGGGCCAAUGAAAGUGAAUUGAGGAAACUCUAUAUUUUGGCGAACUUGAUAGCAACAGAGCUUCAAGAAAAAUUAUACAAUUCUGAAAAUGGCAAUGGUGCAAACAAGAUGAAAUCUGUGCUCAAGUCAUUCCUGACAACUCCUGCCAUGCACAAAAGCCAAGCACGCAGAACUGAGGGGCAAAUUCCAGCAGUGCCCGGACAUCUGAGAGAACAUUUGAAAGCCGGAGGGAUUUGUAGGGAACUUGCAGAGCAAUGCGACGAGGUUUUAUCCAGAAACACGCAUGGAAGGAAGAAAACUCCAGAGAGAACAAAGGAAUGUGUGGAUUAUAGGAUGAAAUGUACAAGGGAAGGGAAGGAAAAACAAUCAAAAAAGAUGAAAAGAGAGACCCUGCAAGCUAAAGAAGAGAGAAGCAAAGGAACAGUUUGCUGUUCUGGCAGAAAAAGAAGAGAAACUAAGAAGGCAUUUAAGAGUCAGGUGCAAAAGCGAAGUGACUUAGAUUUGCACCGUGUGGCACAAAGCAGGAAGAAAGUGGCUAGGAGUUUAAAUCCCUCUAGCACAGUUUCUGUCUUCAGACAUCACAAAAUAUCCAUUCCCUCCUCCCGGAGACGUUCCCUUCCACACUUGCCCACACAGGCCUCUCACUUGACUGUCUCAUUUAAGGUUGAAAACAAUUCUGAUGACUUAACAGGUAAAAUCAUUAUUUUCUUGGAACAUGCCAAUAAAACUGGUAGGAAGAAAGAUCUGGACACUCUAAAGGCAAAGUAUGCACCCCUUAGAAAACCUAAAAAAGUUCUUAUUUUCAGAAAACAUGGCCAGAAAGGGAGCCCACAUUUCAGUAGAAAUAAUCAUCUUUUCCAGAAGACAUUUCAUCGAGUGAAUUCAGAUGUAAGCCACAUGCUAGUGGAAAGAAAACAAAAGCACAGGAUGAAUAGUAAAGAAGGUGUGAUCAAUAGGUUAUCACAUAGAAAGAGUGCUGCUUUGACUGAUGCUGUCUUGGAGAACCCAUCAGAAAACAAUGACUCUUCACUGGAUGAUAUCUUACCCAGCAUACACCAAGCCAAUGAAACACACUGGAAGCAUCAAAAAGAGAGCUCUGGUUUUCCAUAUGCACUUAGUGGGUCAUCAUCCCCAGAUAAUUACUCUGUUCAAGGAGACCUGUUUGAAGCUGAGCUGAAUAAUCGAUUGCGCUCCCUCAUCCCAAACCAAGCUGUGAGAAACCUUAUCUCCCAUGUGAUCCGAACCCUGAAAAUGGACUGCACUGAGCCCAGGGUGCAGCUGGCCUGUGCGAAGCUCAUCUCCAAGACAGGCCUGCUCAUGAAACUGUUCAGCGAGAGAGAAGAUAUCAAAGAAACCUCCUCUUUGUGGCGAACGUACCUCUGGGAAAACGGGAACGCGCCCAACGAGAGCACCCACCAGAGGAAAGCCAGCAAGAAAGAUUCAGAGGAGUUAUCCCCGGAGCCUCCCCAAUACAGCCACGGCAACAAGCUGCUGCUGGCGAUAUCGGUGACGGUGGUAAUAAUGAUUAUUAUUGCAGUGAUUUGUCUCACUGAGAUUUGUUCCCAAAGAUCUGCAGCAUCUUCUCAAUCAACACAUGAUAACAAAACACAGUCAAAAUGGUCCUUUCAGAAACUCUCCCAAGAGAGAAAUAGCAAAAUCUCUUCUGAAGCGAUUCAUCAGGUCCCUGGUGUAUCAGAGUCUUCAAGUAUGGAGAAACCGCUUUGGCUUAGAGACAUGUAUCUCCCACUGGAUUCUAUACGGAAAAAAUCCAUGGCCCAGAAGUUAUAUGACAGAGAGUCUUCGGAUGAGGAAGAAAUUUUCAACAGGGCUGAUGUAAGAAGACAAUAUGAGUGGUCGUCCAGCAAAGAAAGCUACUAACUUGUACUUUUGUGAAUACUGCUGUAUAUCAAGAGUACUGUAUAAAGUUAUAAUGUUGCUCUAUGUUACAUAGAUAAAACGGGAAGCCAUCCCUUCUGUUGCCUUCGGAACUGAUGAU